GGAAAUUCACCUUUUCAGACUUCAGUCUCGUGAAGCAGCGUGUUUGUGUUUAAAUUAGUUUGUUUUCAGACGUGUUCUGGUAACGUGUUUCGUUAGAAGUGCUUUAUGAGAAUGUGAACUCAUCUUUUGGAUUAUAGCGGAAGUUUUUGGAUCUGUAUGUUUGUUUGCUGCUGAUGUUUACUGUGGUCGCUUCGGACGGACUCGUGAUCGCCAUCAUCGGUCGAUUUGAUCUAAUCAAAUGUUAACCGUUUAACCGGAGCAACAGAUUGACGGACCGCGACACUGAAAGCAGAUGCGGAUCCCUAACGGUUUGAUUUCUGAUGGAGUUAUGCAUUUAUAAACGAUAACUUUUUGCAGCUGUGUGAAAGCAACGUAACUGGAAAAUCAAACCGAUUAACCGCGACAUGAUUGAUCGGUGUCCCGUUAUAUUCUGUUCCGGUCUGAAGAGCGCUUCCUCGUGUUAAUAAUGCUUUGACCGGAGUGACUGAAGUAAAUAGGACUAAGUGGUUUUUUUUUGUUGUUUUUUUCUUGUCCGGUCAUGUGUUCACUGAAAGCUCUUCAGGACUGGUGUGGAGAUGUUUGUGAAGGUUACUCUGAUGUUCUCAUCACAGACAUGAGCUCCUCAUUCACAGAUGGACUGGCUUUCUGUGCGAUCAUCCACAAACACAGACCCGAUCUACUAGAUUUUCACUCCUUGUCCAAACACAACUAUUAUGAGAACAUGCGUCUGGCGUUUGACGUUGCGGAGCGUGAGCUGGGAAUUCCUGCUCUUUUAGAUCCGGAUGAGCUGGUGUCUGUGGAGGAGCCGGAUCUACUGUCCAUCAUCACUUAUGUCUCUCAGAUCUACAGUGUCUUCAGAAGAAACUCUCACGUCAGUCAGAAGAUUCCUGUGAACAAUGAAUCCAGCAGCACCAAAACACAAGAACAGACACACACUCUGUUCUCAUCAGAUGUGGUCAGAUCGUCAGAUAAAAGAGUCUGUAGUGUCUGUCACACGUGUGUUCAUCUCAUUCAGAGGGUUUUGGUGAAGGGACACCUGUAUCACCGCUCCUGCUUCAGAUGCAGUCGCUGUCGUCGCUCUCUGCUGCCGAUCUCUUUCACAGUAGACAGUGAGACGGGUUCACUGCAGUGCAGUUAUCCCUGCAAACCUGCUUCUGAUCACGACCGGCCCGCAGAUCAAUACUCACAGAACGACACCAGUGAGACGGACGGUGACAGGAGUGAGACGGAUGGAGACAGGAGUGAGACGGACGGAGACAGGAGUGAGACGGACGGAGACAGGAGUGAGACGGACGGAUACAGGAGUGAGAUGGACAGAGACAGGAGUGAGACAGAUGAAGACAAAAUUAAUGAUGGACAUCUCUCCACCUCAUCAGAGACUGACAUCCAAGAACCUCUCAAACAUGCUCCCAGAAAGAGGGUGGAGCCUCAGGAACCUCCUCGCCCCACCCCCAGAUCACCAGAUCAUCGCCCUGACAACGUCUUGUCUCAGAGCACUGUUCGUAAGGAACAUCCCUGGAUGAAGCUGGUUGAUCCGGGUCCUUGGUCUCGUCUUCCUCCGGCUCCGGCUCCGGCUCCGGCUCCAUCCGCUCAUUCCCGCCACCGGCCCGUGACCUUUAACCCCUUCCUGGAGGACGAGUCCAAGGAUGAAGAGAAAAACCCUUUCAGUUGCGAAACCUCAGUUGCACACAAACCCCAAACCUCAUCUUCAGUUCCCAGCAUGCACCAGGCUGCAGCUCCUGUUCAUGGUUUCCUGCUCAUCAAGAGGAAGGUGAUCACAGACACACGCGUGUCAGAGAAGCAGGUGUGUGAGGAGCAGAAGAAGCUGGAGGAGCGUCUGCUGGAGCUGGAGAGGAGAGGAGUGCAGCUGGAGACUGAGAUGAGGAGACGCACCAAUGAGCAUCUUCUAGUCGACUGGUUCCUUCUGAUUCAUGAGAAGAACAUGUUAGUGCGCAGAGACACAGAGCUGGUGUAUAUGGUGAAGCAGCAGCGUCUGGAGGAUCAACAGGCUGAUGUGGAGUUUGAGAUCAGACGCCUCUUUAACAAACCAGAGCAGGACUGGAGCUCUGAUGACAAACAUCAGGAAGAUCAGCUGAUGUCACGCCUGCUGUCAAUCAUCCAGCAGAGAAAUGACAUCAUCAGCAGCCUGGAUCAGGACAGGCAGAGGGAGGAGGAGGAGGACUCGAUGCUGACUGCUGUGAUCCAGAGGAUGGAGUUCCUGACACAGACGGACAAACAGCUGGACAAAUGCAGCAGGAGCUUUAAACGCCUUCAAAUGUUCAAGAAAUCCAGCUGUAAGACUGAAAACACCAGCAGAAGAAAGAAGAAAAACAGCUGAAGAACAGAAAGAGCCUGUUUAUUAAAUAAUGUCCAAAACUGGAAAAUAAAAACACCCAUCAGGACAAACUGAACUGUUUAUUUAAAAGUUCAUAAGCAUGUAGCAUGGCCACAUCUUAUCAGUUUUUAUCAUUUCUAUCUUCAAUUGUAUUCAUUUUUAUACUUAUUUAUUUGUGACAUCAUUAUGUGUUUUUGUUUUUAAGCUAAGAUGUGUUGAGCAUUAGUUAUUGCACGCUUCCCAUUCAAACCACAAUCUCAUCAUUGCAAGCCCUCCAGCUAAGCAACAUCUUAGCAACAUGUUUAGUGAAUAAGCAACAUCUCUUCCUGUUGUCUCUACUAGUGGGAAAAAAUAAGCUUUUCACAGCUUUAAAUCAACUGAACAAAUUGCUUAGUAUUUGAUUCACUAUUUCGAGCUGGUGACGCGCUGCUGGUCAAAAUUGUGUAAAUGCAACUAAAACUCACCCGCAAGCUCAGUCUAUGAAUUAGCAAAUCAUUAAAUGGCAUUAAAUAUGACGUUUCUGUAACAUUGUCCUUGUUUUAUUAGACAGGGCUUGACGGUACAUCUCACUCUCAU